AUCAAAAUCAGAGUUAUGGAUGUCGCAGGAGCAUUUAUGGGCUGGGAUGGUUCAUCUCCUUAUUCGCCUCUGUCGCAUAGUGACCAUGUUCUGGAAACAAUGAACAAACACAGAAAAGAUUGCCUUAAGCUGUGUGAUGUUGUUCUUAAAAUUGGAGACGAACAUAUUCCAACUCACAGGGCGGUAUUGGCAGCCUGCAGUUCGUACUUCUACGCCAUGUUUACGAGCGAUCUGGUUGAGAGCCGACAAAAAGUUAUUACUAUGAAAGAUAUAGAAGCUUCUGUGAUCCAAAUGUUAGUGGAUUUUGCUUACACAGGAAAGCUUGAUGUCAAUGUCGAAAAUGUGCAAACCAUAUUGUCAACGGCAUCGUUGGUGCAAUUUCACGAAGUGCGAGAUUUAUGCUGUCAAUUUUUGGAAACACAGUUAGAUCCUUCGAACUGCUUGGGAAUUAGGAAAUUUACUGAAACUCAUGGCUGUACAAAUUUCCUUGAAGUUGUGGACAAUUAUGUGUUGAAAAAUUUUCGGGAGGUUAUGAAAUCAGAGGAAUCUGCUUUGCUACCGUGUGAGUUACUGGUGAAAGUGAUCUCAAGCGAUGACUUGAACAUUAUUGCUGAGGAAGAAGUGUAUGAAGCGGUAAUGUCUUGGGUUAAACAUGACUUAAACAAUCGAGUGAAACAACUUCCUCAUUUGAUCGAGUUCGUUCGAAUGCCUUUGAUUUCAAAACAUUACCUUCUGGACCGAAUCGAUGCAGACAACUUGAUACGAUCGAAUUUGAAAUGUAGAGACUUACUGGAUGAAGCGAAAAACUACCAUCUGAUUCCUGAACAGCGAGGACUGUUUCGCACAGAUCGUAUGAAACCCAGAAAAUCUAUGAUGGGAACAUUAUAUGCAGUUGGGGGAAAAGAAGCCGGGGAAACUAUUUCAAAUACUGUGGAGUGUUAUAGUUUACAAACAAACAUUUGGCAGCAAGCCCCAUCACUCAAUGUCCCAAGACAACAGCUUGGCACAGGAAGUUUAGGAGGCUUCCUGUAUGCUGUUGGUGGUUCAGAUGGAUAUUCACGCUUGAACACAGUGGAACGCUUUUCGUUAGAGACAAACCAGUGGAUGUAUGUCAAGGCACUGAAUACAAGUCGCUCUGGUGUUGGAGUUGGUGUUCUUGGGGAAGCAAUGUAUGCAAUGGGUGGCUAUGAUGGGCGAUCAUGUUUAAAAACAGUUGAAAGAUAUGACCCACUGGUUGAUAUUUGGAGUUUUGUUGCACCUACAAAUAUUACACGCAGUUUCCCCGGAGUGGCACAGCUUGGAGACCGCAUCUUUGUGAUUGGUGGUAAUGAUGGAGUCUCAUUCCUCAACUCGAUCGAAUACUAUGAUCCUCAUACAAACAGAUGGACUCUUCUACCCCCCAUGAGUCGGCCCAGAGCUGGGAUUGGUGCUGCAGCUUUAGAUGGUUACAUCUAUGCCAUCGGUGGUUUUGAUGGUGCAUCAAGGCUUGAUAUAGUUGAGAUGUUUGAACCCCGUAAAAAUGCAUGGAUAGAAGUUGCUCCUCUCAAUUCAUGUCGGGAUGGUGUUUGUGUGAUGACUUAUGGUUGCUGGGUUUAUGCUGUUGGAGGUAUUGAUGGCCCAUCAUAUCUUAACACAGUGGAGGCCUAUGAGCCAAGGAAUGACCAGUGGGAAGAUGUAGUUCCUAUGACAAGAUGUCGGGCUGCAGCAGGGGUUGCAGUUUUACACAGCCCUGUUUAAUAUAAAAGCAGCAGAAUGCAUUCUUUGUGGAGUGUCUCAGGUUUAGGGUAAUUUUAGACAGUUCAGUCAACUGGAGAUAUGACUCUGAAAAAUUCUUUCAAUGUCAAAUUUAAAACCUCAGUCAUGCUCACUAACUCAUGUCUGAACACCCCAAUUGACUGAUAAGUAAGAACAGCAUAUCAUUUUGUAACAUUUAAUCUUAAUUGAAAUAAAACAUUUGGUAAUUUUUUUUUUUUAUAAAGAAGUCAA